AUGUAAAAAAUAGCUCUCUUAGCUUUGGUUCUUGCUGUGACUGCUGCCAAGUUCUUAGAUACCCAUACCACAUUAGCUUAAAUUAAUGCUGAUCCAUUUGGACACGUUGUCUUGAGUGCCAUAAAGGCUCAUUUAUAAGCCUAAACUCCAGCCAAUGAAGUUAAUAUGUUAUUAAAUGGUGUUGGUGCUGGCCUUGUUUAAGACUAAAAUGAUCAUGACCACGCAUUUGAACUUGACACCACAACUAAUAAUAGAGUAAGAAUUAUAAAAUAUAGUAGAUCGUUGAAGACUUAGAAAAGGAAAUCUUGUAUCAUUAAAACUAAAUUACCUCAAACACUUAAUUGAGAGAUGAUACUAUUGAAGCUCUUGCUGUCUCUGAAGAAGAUAUUAGAGUUACAAUCUAAGAUAUUGCUAACAACGAAGCUACCUAUGCUAGAGAGGAAGCCACUAGAAAUCAAUAACAUGAAACCUUUGUUGCUAAGGUUGCUGCUAUUGAUGAUGUUAUUGAUGCCAUCGAUGAUGCUGCCAAACUUGUCUAACAUUUAAGUCUUGGAGCUUCAUUUGCUUAAUUAAAAAGCAAAUAUGACACACUUCACAAGAAACUCUCUGAUAACACUUCACACACUGCCUUGUUACAAGUAUUAUUUACUAUAUUUAUUAUCUUAUAGCCAGUCAUUACAGCUCUUACUGAAUUAGCUACACAUGGAGUCAAUUAAAAAGCUUUAACCAAAAUUGCUUAACUCUUAAGUGAAAUCAGAUAAUAAUUAGUAUCUGAAAAAGCUGCUAAAACUGUAUUUAUUUAAUCUAAAUAAAUAGGAUGUUGAAGAAAGAUAAGCUGCUCAUUGGGCUGAAUUCAGUGUUCAUUUGAGCAAUGAACAUACAAGAUUGGUUGAAAGAAAAGCUUAAUUGGAAGUCUAAAUCUAAGAAUAAAAAGAUACUAUUGAAGAUGCUUAAUCAUGGAUCGAAUUCCAUACUCUUGAAUUAGAAAAUAGCGAAGAAAGACUUGCUGGAUAAUAAGCAUGGUUUGCAGUCUAAUCAGAAAUCUAUGAAACUUAAACUGCUGAAAGGUAUCCUUACAAUAAUUAUCAUUUAGAGCUGCUUAAUAAGAAAUUGUUGACAGACUCUAAGAGCACAUCAGUGAAAAAUUAUCCACCACUGCUCAAUUCAUCGCCAGCAGAAAUUGAUCCGAUUAUCAUAACAUCAAUAAAAAUAGGAUAACAUCCCUUUUU